CAGUGUGCCCGGCAGGGGUGAGGCGGAAGCGGCCGGGGCGGGGGCGCAGGCCCGGUAGCCGCAGGCCGGUGCGGGAUGCGCCCCGCAGCCGCGCCGCGUGCGCCCAGCAGAGGCGGCCCUGCGUGCCGUACGCUGCGUCCGGGGCGCGCCCGCCGCUAUUCGGGAAGCUAUUCAGCUUCCCGGGCUCAUUAGCAGUCGCGGUGUGCGGCUCGGCGCGGGCUCACAAAGAGCUCGGCCUCGCGGACUGAGCCGGCGGCGGCGGGGCGGGGACGGCGGCGUACCGGGGACGGCGGCGUACCGGGGCAGCCCAGCGCCCUGGCCAGGUGGAGGGAGCUGUUCAUCCUCUGGGGGCUGCUGGGCCAGAAAUAUCUCUCACCUGAUAAUGUCAGGCAUCAGAGGUUCCUGUUUCAUGGUCUCCUGAAUAUUUACGCAUUGCUGAAUCUCCUGUGGACAAACCACCAACAGGCCAGGACUGUCCUGUGGACAGACGGCGUGAGCCUCUUCUUGUGUCUGGAGAUUCUGAAAAGAUUUGAUCACCAGGAGAUUUUUCGGGACAUACCAAACCACUCAUUUUCGUGGCUGCCUCUGGGUGAUGAUGGCUGCGUGAGCGACUGCCAUGGCCCACCGGAAGCUUGAGAGCGUGGGGAGCGGCAUGUUGGACCAUAGGGCGAGACCGGCUCCUGUCGCUCACAGCCAGGAGCCCGAGAGCGAGGACGUGGAGCUGCCCUUGGAGGGCUAUGUGCCCGAGGGCCUGGAGCUGGCUGCCCUGCGGCCAGAGAGCCCCGUGCCAGAGGAACGGGAGUGCCACAACCACAGCCCCGAUGGGGACUCCAGCUCCGACUACGUGAACAACACCUCUGAGGAGGAGGACUAUGACGAGGGCCUCCCUGAGGAGGAGGAGGGCAUCACCUACUACAUCCGCUACUGCCCCGAGGACGACAGCUACCUGGAGGGCAUGGACUGCAACGGGGAGGAGUACCUGGCCCACGGCGCGCACCCUGUGGACACUGACGAGUGCCAGGAGGCGGUGGAGGAGUGGACGGACUCGGCGGGCCCACACCCCCACAGCCACGAGGCCGAAGGCAGCCAGGACUACCCAGAUGGCCAACUGCCCAUUCCAGAGAAUGAGCCCUCCGUCCUUGAGGCCCAUGACCAGGAAGAAGACGGUCACUACUGUUCCAGCAAAGAGGGCUGCCAGGACUACUACCCUGAGGAGGCCAACGGGAACACCGGCGCCUCCCCCUACCGCCUGAGGCGCGGGGAUGGGGACCUGGAGGACCAGGAGGAGGACAUCGACCAGAUCGUGGCAGAGAUCAAGAUGAGUCUGAGCAUGACCAGCAUCACCAGCGCCAGUGAGGCCAGCCCCGAGCAUGGGCCUGAGCCAGGGCCUGUGGACUCUGCAGAGGCCUGCCCACCCAUCAAGGCCAGCUGCAGCCCCAGCAGGCACGAGGCGAGGCCCAAGUCGCUGAACCUCCCUCCCGAGGCCAAGCACCCCGGAGACCCCCAGAGAGGCUUUAAGCCCAAGACCAGGACCCCAGAAGAGAGGCCGAAGUGGCCCCACGAGCAGGUUUGCAAUGGUCUGGAGCAGCCAAGGAAGCAGCAGCGCUCUGAUCUCAAUGGACCUGUUGACAAUAACAACAUUCCAGAGACAAAGAAGGUGGCAUCAUUUCCAAGUUUUGUGGCUGUUCCAGGGCCCUGCGAACCAGAAGACCUCAUCGAUGGGAUCAUCUUUGCUGCCAAUUACCUGGGGUCCACCCAGCUGCUAUCAGAACGGAACCCUUCCAAAAACAUCAGAAUGAUGCAAGCGCAGGAGGCCGUCAGUCGGGUCAAGAGGAUGCAAAAGGCUGCUAAGAUCAAGAAAAAAGCGAAUUCUGAGGGGGAUGCCCAGACGCUGACAGAAGUGGACCUCUUCAUUUCCACCCAGAGGAUCAAGGUUUUAAAUGCAGACACGCAGGAGACCAUGAUGGACCACGCCUUGCGUACCAUCUCCUACAUCGCUGACAUUGGGAACAUUGUGGUGUUGAUGGCCAGACGCCGCAUGCCCCGGUCAGCCUCUCAGGACUGCAUCGAGACCACGCCUGGGGCCCAGGAAGGCAAGAAGCAGUAUAAGAUGAUCUGCCACGUGUUCGAGUCGGAGGAUGCCCAGCUCAUCGCCCAGUCCAUCGGCCAGGCCUUCAGCGUGGCCUACCAGGAGUUCCUGCGAGCCAAUGGCAUCAACCCCGAAGACUUGAGCCAGAAGGAGUACAGCGACAUCAUCAACACCCAGGAGAUGUACAACGACGACCUCAUCCACUUCUCAAACUCGGAGAACUGCAAGGAGCUGCAGCUGGAGAAGCACAAGGGCGAGAUCCUGGGCGUGGUGGUGGUGGAGUCGGGCUGGGGUUCCAUCCUGCCCACGGUGAUCCUGGCCAACAUGAUGAAUGGCGGCCCGGCCGCCCGCUCGGGGAAGCUGAGCAUCGGGGACCAGAUCAUGUCCAUCAAUGGCACCAGCCUGGUGGGGCUGCCCCUCGCCACCUGCCAAGGCAUCAUCAAGGGCCUGAAGAACCAGACACAGGUGAAGCUCAACAUUGUCAGCUGUCCCCCGGUCACCACGGUCCUCAUCAAGCGGCCAGACCUCAAGUACCAGCUGGGCUUCAGCGUGCAGAAUGGAAUUAUCUGCAGCCUCAUGAGAGGGGGCAUUGCUGAGCGAGGGGGCGUCCGUGUGGGCCACCGCAUCAUCGAGAUCAACGGGCAGAGCGUGGUGGCCACAGCCCAUGAGAAGAUAGUCCAAGCUCUGUCCAACUCGGUCGGAGAGAUCCACAUGAAGACCAUGCCCGCCGCCAUGUUCAGGCUCCUCACGGGUCAGGAGACCCCGCUGUACAUCUAGGCGCCCCCAGCCUGGCCACGCAGCCUGGACACCGGGCAGGGCCGCCUGGGCUCAGAGGAGCUGGGAGCUGGGCCACAGACUUGACCCUGACACCACAGCCCAGCCACAGACGCUGGCUGCCCAAAGGGUGUGCCCUCACCACCCACUUGAUUUUUUUGUUUUCAUUUUGCCAAAAAGGGGUAUGUCUUUAUCAAAGGAGAGUCACAGAACAAAUGUUUGUAAAGCGUUCAAGUAUUUUGCCACGUUCUGGACUGUCUUCUCCCUGCACCAGCCAGGGUGUGUCUCGGUAGCUGUGCGUGGUGUGGAGUGUGUGUCUUUCCUCCCUGAAGCUGUGCGGAGCGAACUGGCGCCUCCGAGGGACGCGGCUCCUGGGGCAGGGCAGCCGUCACCCCUGCCUCCCGCCCCCUUGGCUGGGACGUCUGGGGUCCUGUGGGGCCCCCGCAAUGGUCCCAAACAGCUGCCUCUGCCACUGACUGCAGGGACAUGGGCAGCCCGGCUCCCAGGACAUGACUUGUAAUGAAAGGUUGGGGACAUGUGAUUGAUUGUAAAUAAAGGAUGAUGGCCACAACAUGAAAACUCCCUAUUUAUUUAGAUAUUAUUACUGUUUGGACUUUUUUAUUUUGGCAGGCUGCUUUUCAGACUCUAGGGUUUUCCAAUGUGACCAAUGACCACACCUGCCUCUCCCGUCAUCUCUUCUGGGCACCCUCCCACCCGGCUGUAUCCCCGGGCAGGGCUCCCACAGAGACAAGGAGGGCACAGGCGUCUGCCCCCUCUUUUUAAAAUCGAUCUACACACAUCCACACACAUGCUCCCCCGAGGAAACGAAACCCACUCUAGAAAACGCGACCUCGGCCGCGCCUAAGGCAGCCAGCCGUGAGUGCAGACCCCUUGGCCAGCGUGGCGCGGCGGCCCUGAGCAGUAGUGGCAUGUGUGUAGAUCAAGUCAGAUCUAGUCCAGCUUGGUUCAUUCAUUAGCGAUCCAUGUAAUCUGAUGUCAUCUUGUCUCGAAGUCUCUCUCUUUUUUUGGCCCAGGCCUUGAAGAAUACACUGUGACUUAAGAAGCCUUACCACGCAGUAACUAAAGCUUUAGGAUGACUGUAUUCGAGGAGUGCCGUGUGUUGCAUGCAGCUACCCGUAGGAAGACUUCGCGCAUAUCACUAAUAAACCUGAAGUCGUGAUGAAAA